AGUCAUAUGGUCAUUACGGUACAUGCAGUCUGCGGUGACUGUGUAGUCUGCAAAGCCGGUGUUGCAUUGGGGACGCUGCGCCGAACAGGACUCGGAUGUAAGCUUUCCCCUGAGUCACGGACCGUAUCGCAGUCUGCCAGGUUCAUUGAGGAAGUCACACUUUUGGUUUUGACUAUCGGCGCAACACUCUUCAAAGGAACGAGGGAAUUGUUUUUUUUCGACUUGGCUUUGAUUCCUUUACAAGUCCCGCAUAGGCGAAUCAGAAGGAGAGACAUCCCUCGACCGCCCGCCCCUCCCUCCCCUAUCCUGAGCUCGUACUAGCAUGGCAGAUGACCGACAGCCAGAAGACGGUGCCGCUCAGUGGGACCCUUCCAGGGGCCAGGAGUCCACCGGUACCCACGGGGCCAAUGGUUUCUCAUCUUCCUCGUACAGGACGUGCCAGACGGGUGGGGCUCACCCGACCUCCGCCCCCUUCUCCGCGAGGGAGAACGGCUUUGAUGGGGAGUUAACUGGUGCUCAUGCUAUAACUGCAGAGCAAGUGUCUGCAAGAAUCGUGCAGGAAGUGACUGCUGAAGCAGUGGCGGUGCUAAAGGGGGAACAGGAGAGUCAAAGGCUGCCAUCAGUCGAAGACACCACCAAUUUACCUCCGUCACCGCCUCCUUCACCUGCUGCGGAACAAUUUGGCCCUCUUGAGCAAGAUGUAGGGGAUGAGGAGGAGGCAGGCCCUCUCCGCCGCUUCCAAAAUUCUCGGGAGAGGUGCAAGUUCCUCGCCCCCUCUAUCUCAGUUUCUGUGCCUGAGGACGACCCCUACCACUCCGACGAGGAGUACUAUGAACACCCCUUGUUCAGCCCCGAGUGGACGCACUCGGGCGCCCGCCCCAUGGGGCAGGCUGUGGCCUUUAGACAGAUUGAAGAAGAGACCAUGGAGGCUCUUACAGCUGAAUACGAGGAGGAGGAGGAGGUUGAAGAGGAGGAUGAUGAGGAUGAGGAAGAGGAUGAGGAGGAGAGUGCAGAGGCAGCUCUUGAUGAGCAGCAAUGGAGCGGGGAAGAGCCUGACCUGGACAUCCCCGAAGCGGAAGUUUUAGAACAGGCAGAGGACAUAGACAAGGCCCCGGAUUUAGACCUGGGGUCGGCUGAGGCACUUAGUGUUCCUGCAGCAAGUUCUUUGGAAGCAGAGGGUGAGGAGGAAAGCCCUGAGACAGCUGUGAAGAUGGACUCGGAAAAAGCCGUAAGUGAGAAAAGUGGUUCCAUGAGCCCAGACAGCAUCGGAACAGAGAGACGUCCAGAGGAGUUAUUGGAGCAACAGACCCAAGGCUUCUUUGCUGGAGAACGAAUGGUACCGGAGAGUCCCACCAUAGAUACGCCAUCUUUUGUACCUCCAGAUGUGCAAACUCAAGCCAAAGAACCCGCAAAGUCAAUCACGCUUCAGCCCAUCUACGGUGAGCCCAUCACUGUGUCAGAGAAGCAACCAUCCGUGGAGGUCGUUGAGUUCAGCAGCCUCGGUUCUCCCUCUGAUUUCUCCUCAAUGGGAGUCAAAGCUGAAGGAGGAAACGUGACCAGUGAUGCAAUGUCAGCAUAUUUUGAAACAUCAGCCACUGAUGCUCUUGUGUCCCCUCAAGGUAAGGGUGAAGGCUAUUAUGAACUGAGCAGACUCAGUGAGACCAAUACUGUUGAUUCCAAGUCUCCGAAGAUUAGUUUGUCAGUACAGGAGAGUCCUAAAACCCAAAACGCUGACACUCAAGAUUUCCCAGUUCCAGACAAGGGGAAUGAAUGCAAGCUCUCCCCGGGUAAAUUGGCUUUGGACCAAAGGAGCUACUCCCUCAACAUCACAAUCGGAGCAAUGGAUCGCAACAGCCAAGGUAGAACGAGCAAGUUCUCGCCAUUGGCCGCAGAUAUCAUGACGCACACCAGCGGAAGUCUCGACGAGUCUGCAGAUUACCUCCCGAUCACUACUCCUUCUGGAGAAAAACCACCUCCCUUCCCUCCACUCAUCCUGGAGACAGCAGCUUCCAUCACCUCUGAUUCCUCAUCUCCACCGAGGAUGGCUGAAGCCGUUUCAAACCCCAGCCCUGACCCCGAGUCACCCGAGUCUCCCGAGUCACCAAAACCAUGCGAGGGCAGUCCUACGAAUAACACCGUCAUGGCUCAAGACUUGCCUGAGAUGCUAGACCUUGCCGGACCCCGUUCACGGCUGUCAUCUGAGGCAGCUGAACCAGAACUCGGACGGCAAAAGUCAUUUCAAGCCUUCCCUGAUGACCUGCUUUCUAGCUUGGGUUCAGGUGAACAAAGUCCUGGAAUAAGAAAGAGUGACAGUCAGCUGGAAGAGAUGGGCUAUUGCGUUUUCAGUGAAUACUCUGGACCUAUGCCGUCCCCUGCAGAUGUGGUCAGCCCAACAAACACUUCUGCACAGGUCUUCACUCCAGCUGUUCUUCAGGAGAAAGUUGCUGCCCAAGCCAGGAAACUAGCGGUUAGGGACACAUCUGUGGAAGACAAGACCCCGACUUUAGACCUGAUUGUCAGUGACGAUAAUGAGACGAGAGAAAAGGAGAGAGAAGAUUCCUCAGAAGAAAGUCAAAGCAACGUAAAGGACCAGCUGAAUACAAGUCAGCAGGUGAAAUCCUCUGCCCCGCCAAUGGAGUCGUUUGUGACACCCACCGUCACGGUGACUCUAGAAGAAAGUGGGCGGUCAGGAAGCGAGACCGAGCGACAAGCUAGCGGCGAAGGAUCUGCUUCUGAAACCGAGAUUGCUGAUUAUGAGAGGCAGAUCCGCAAACUGGAGAUGGAGGGAAGGCCUCUCAGUUUGGAGGAAGAACGAGAGUUGCAGGAGCUUCGGGAGAAGGUCAAGCUGGUGCACCAGGAAGCCUAUGAAGAGGUGGAUGCUGAAGAUGUUUACCAGUUAACGGGGGUGGCCAAGGACCGCAUUGCUAGGCCCGUCAAGACUUCACCCACUUCUUCAGUUGAAAGCAAUAUCGACGAUGAUAAACUACUUUCUCCGGUUCUCUCACCGUCCAAGCUCAAACAAAAAGAACUUUAUGGUUCCCCGAAAAGAGCACUGUCACCAGUGCUAACCGUAACCAAAGAAUCCAAAGAAGAAACUGAUACAAAUGCCAGAGAACAGCCUGAUAAAGUUGAGGAGAAAAUAAAGAUUGAGACAGAAAAGAAAAUUCCAGAAGACACUGAAAAGAAAGUGGAUGAGACGAAAGAAAGUGAAGAGAAGGAAGGAAAGAAAAAAGAUGUGGCAGAGAGGAUUCAAAAGGAAGACAAUGAGAAAGAGCAAUUGAGACAGAAAGAAGAGCAGGAGAAACGUGAAAAGGAGACUAAAGAAAAGGAAGAGAAAGAAAGGAUUGAGAAAGAAAGGAAAGACAAGGAGAGGGAAAGGGAAGAGGAAGAGAGGAUUGAGAAAGAAAGGAAAGACAAGGAAGAGGCUGAAAGAUUAGAGAAAGAGAGGAAAGAAAAAGCAGAGAGGGAAUUGAGAGAAAAGGAAGAGGCUGAGAGAAUGGAGAAAGAGAGGAAAGAAAAAGCAGAGAAGGAAUUGAGAGAAAAGGAAGAGGCUGAGAGGAUGGAGAAAGAGAGAAAAGAAAAAGCAGAGAGGGAAUUGAGAGAAAAGGAAGAAGCUGAGAGAAUAGAGAAAGAAAGGAAAGAAAAAGAGGAGAGGGAAAUCAAAGAAAGGGAAGAGGCUGAGAAAAUGGAGAAAGAAAAACAGGAGAAGGCAUUGAAAGAAAAAGAAGAGGCAGAGAGAAUAGAGAAAGAAAGAAAAGAAAAAGAGGAGAGGGAAAUCAGAGAAAGAGAGGAGGCAGAGAAAAUUGAGAAAGAAAAACAGGAGAGGGAAACGAGAGAAAGGCAAGAGGUGGAAAGAGUUGAGCAAGAAAGAAUAGAACAAGAGAAGCAGUUGAGAGAAAAGGAAGAGAAGACGAGGAUUGAAAAUGAGAGGAGAGCCAAAGAACAGAAAGAGAAAGAGGAAAGGGAAGCGCAAGUAAAGUUAGAGGAAGCAAGGAAAGAGGAAAAGGAAAGACACGAGUCAAGGGAGAAGGAAAAUCAGCCUGAACAAGAGACGCAGCAUAUCGAAGAGACAAAAAUAGUGACCGAAAUAGACAAAGUCCAACCAACCGAAAAAGCGGAACAGAAAGAAGAGCAAAAUGCCGAAGCGGUCAAGGAGAUCACGGAAACUCGCGCCGCCAUCGAAUCCGUCGUGACGGUCGAAGAUGACUUCAUCACUGUGGUCCAAACCAUCGAUGAAGCGGAUGAACCGGGACACAGUGUUCGAUUCUCCGCUCCACCUGAAGCCUUGUGUAUACCCAGCGGGGGAGAGCAAGAGGAGGAAGACGAUGACGAGGAUGACGACGAGGACGAGUCCGUGGAGUUGGCCCAGGAGGCCGACAUCGAGGCUGCCAGUUUCGAAGAGGUUCCUGAGACCCCCGUGUCUCAACCUGAGGAAACAGAAGCUCCAACAGAAAGUUAUGACAGAGAUGAAACCACCAUGGACGACUCCAUCUUGGACAGUUCUUGGGUGGACACACAAGAUGAUGACAAGAGCAUGGCUACAGAGCAGAUCCAACCCUUGCCCAAGGUGCCCAGCUCUGUCAAAGACUCCACUGAGCUCCAAACUAAGCAGCAGAAGAGAGUAGAGAAGCACGAAAAGUCCGGCAAGCCCAAAACUAAAGGCGGGCGGUUUAAAGGCCGACUCGCCACUCCUGAACGCAAGCCACUGCGCAAGGAACCGGUUUGCAUCCCUCGGGAGAAGAAAAAAGCUGUGAUAAAGCAAACGGAGUUUACCAAAAAAAUGGAGGCUCAGACUCUGUCCCCGUCCAAGAGGAUUGGACCCAAACAAGUUGUCCGCCAGGGCCGUCCCACCCAGCAUCAUUCCUGUCCUAGAAGGAGACCCACAGAGCCACUUUCCGACAGUCGUCAGCCUCUCACCGUUGCUAGGCGGUCUUGCGACAGAGCCUUGGAUGGUAGAUCGCAAAGUCCUUCUAUGCCGCGGCAAGCCUCGUCUCUGAAUCGCCGUGCAUACCAUGACCAUGAGGACAGCUCAACCUCCAUCACUAGUUCUGGUUCAACAGCUCCCCGCAGACCCACAACCUGCCGUGCUGUGAUGAGGGCAGAGCAAAGGACUGGUCGAGCUCCUAGUAUGACAGUCUCGGAGCCGCUACGCUCCCGUUCAGCCCGUAGUGGCCACUCAACGCCGCGUACCCCCGGCUCCAGCGCCAUGACCCCUGGGACCCCUCCCAGCUGCUCAUCAUCCUCAAGGACGCCGGGAACUCCACGCUCCCUUAGUUUGAUGUCCCAUGAGAGGAAGGUGGCUGUGGCGCGCACCCCGCCCAAAUCCCCCGCCACCACUCCCAAGCAGCUGAGCGUCCUUAACCAACCGCUACCCGACUUCAAGAAAGUUCGCUCCAAGGUCGGCUCCGUAGAUAAUAUCAAGUACCAGCCCAAAGGCGGACAGGUCCACAUCCCCAGCGUUAAGACGGACUAUAGCCAUGUUCAGUCUAGGUGUGGGUCCUUGGACAGGAGGGGCUACUCAGCAGGAGGUGGCAAUAUACAGAUACAGAACAAGAAGAUUGACCUGAGUCACGUGACCUCAAAGUGUGGCUCAUUAGACAACAUUCACCAUCGCCCCGGUGGCGGUAACGUUCGUAUUGAGAGUGUAAAGUUGGACUUUAAAGACAAAGCCCAAGCCAAGGUGGGAUCCUUGGAUAAUGCUCACCAUACUCCAGGAGGAGGUCGUGUCACAAUUGAGAGCCACAAGUUGACAUUCCGUGACCACGCCAAGGCCCGAGUGGACCACGGGGCCGACAUCAUCGUCCGGUCGCCGGGCCGGUCCCGUUCCAUGUCGCCCCAGCGCCACCGGGACAGCCACCUUUCAUCAUCCGGCAGCCUCAACAUGUUGGAUUCGCCGCAGUUAGCCACCUUAGCCGAGGACGUCACCGCCGCUCUGGCCAAGCAGGGUUUGUGAACAUGCAUCGCGGAUGCUCUUACCCUGAACCUGUCAGCUCUUCACCUACCACUCACCCACUCGCCGCCGCCUUGGGGCCCACUCAGGGUGAUCACAACUUUGCUUCACAUCUCAAAGACCCACCAGGAGGGACUCCUAAACUUUUGCUUCUCUUUAUCUGUCUGUUUUCCCCCCUCUCCUUUUGAAUGAUGUUGCAUAGAAUAGUUCACCUGUAGUGCUAAAUGGGAUUACCUGUACAUACAAAUGGGGGAUCGGGAAGCGCCUCAUAUCGGCCUUAUUGAUCUCGGGUCUACAUUUUAAAAAAAGCGAUUAGCUUUUAUUUACUUGUGGCCAUAUUCUGUACGUGGAAGUAAUGUGGCCCGCACAUCACGCUGCACGUGUUGUUCUUGCUAACGUGCAUGGACGGCAGACUACUUAAUAAGCCCAGUACCCUUACUGCUCGUUAUUCUUUUCCUCCUAAUACAUCUAUAUAUAUGUCCAAACAAAUAUCAAUAUAUAUAUAUAGAAACGAGUAUAAGAAUACAGGUUCUUACCCAUCUACAUGUCCUUUAAAGCAUUUCCAAGGAAGACCAUCAAUAAAAUUUCCUGUGUGAUUGCAAAAGUUCAGUCAUGUAUGACAAACAUGAAUUGAUUCUCCCGCCC